AUGUCCUCUUCCACUCAUAUCCUCCUUUUUCCGCACGGGAAUUCAGACCUUCUAGGCGCAAUGCAUGACUUGAAUGUGCGAUCCAAGACGCAUGCCCACCUCCGCACAUUUCUUUCUGCAGCUGCAGCGGUGGUACGUGAACAGGUCGACAGCCUGGAUGGCCCCGAGCGUGCCAGAAUUGGGUCGUUUGAGGAUCUUGUGGACCUCGCAGAACAUUUCGUCAAGCAACGUCAUCCAAGUGCUGUCGCUGAAAUACUUCUUUUCACGACGGUUCAGAUCGGCCAGUUGCUGAUCCUUGCAGAGGACAAUUCUUCCAUCCUAUCUGGUACAUCUGGUGACGCGGUACUCCCUGUUGGAUUUGGUGUUGGGUUGAUUGCGGCGUCUAUUGCCGCCACUGUGACCAGCACAGACGCUAUAAUAGCUCUGGGCCUGCAAGGCAUGGGAAUCGCCUUUCGUCUAGCCGUCGCCCUGGAGCGGACGGGCCGGGCUAUUCAAGACUCAAACGGCAUAUGGGCCCGCGCCGUCUCUGGCUCCAACCAGCAGGAGCUCGAGCAGCAACUGAAAAAGGUCAACAGCACGCUAGGACCACUCCACCAGGCGUAUGUUGGCCAAGUAUUGCCUGGGAGCGUGAUCGUAUUCGGACCACCCUCGACUUUAGAGACACUCGCCGAGAGGCUGGACCUCGCUUCAGUUGUGACGAGUCCGGAUACGCUCUGCCGGUGUCCGAUGUACGGAUCACAUCUGCCGCCCCUCGACGUCGACCAAAUAGUUGGUGUAUCGACGGUCCUUGAUUUAUACCAGCUUCAGAGGCCCCUAUACUCUGCUCACUCUUCUACGAGCUCGCUUCCUGCAAACACGCUGGCCGAGCUUUUGCGCCUAGUAGUGGCCGAGAUAGCACACACGCCCAUGCUUAUCGAAGAGACAGUUAGUGCCAUAGCCGCAACUGUCAAGGCAUCGGACAAAACUGAGGCCGUCCUGACAACGAUUGGCUCGACUUGGGACGCAUCGUUCAUACAGGACAUCCUCCAGCAACAUGGCCAGGCGGUCUCCUUUGGUGAAUUCACACCCCGCCCAACCCCGUUUGGCAGCAGUCUCAGCAUCCCACCAGACGCAAUCGCCGUUGUUGGAGAUCCCCCCUCGCGGUUCUCCGUGGACGACUUCUAUGACCACUCUCGCUCCAAGCACAACGCUCUGCUCACACGCCACGGAUGCUUCAUCAAAAAGCCGGGCGACUUUGACCACCGUCUGUUCAACAUCUCGCCACGGGAAGCAUUGCAGAUGGACCCGGUGCAACGCAUGCUGCUCAUGACCACAUACGAAGCAUUGGAGCUGGCCGGCUACGCGCCUGCCAGCGCUGCCGCGCACAAGCAGUCCCCACCGCGGAUCGCCACCUACUUCGGCCAGACGACGGACGACUGGAAGACGAUCAAUGAACAGCAGGGCAUCGAUACGCAUUUCCUGCCAGGUGUCAACCGCGGCUUCGCGCCGGGCCGCCUGUCCCGUUACUUCCAGUGGGCUGGUGGUUUCUACGCUAUUGAUACCGGUUGUUCCUCGAGCGCCACCGCCCUCUGCCUCGCACGCGAUGCCCUCACGGCGGGUGAAUGCGACGCGGCGGUGGUUGGCGGCGGCACGCUGCUGACUGCACCCGAGUGGUUCGCCGGCCUGAGCCAGGGCGGCUUCCUGUCGCCGACAGGUGCCUGCAAAACCUACUCCGAUCGUGCGGACGGGUACUGUCGCGGCGAGGGCGUCGCCGUCGUUGUGCUUAAGCGUCUGAGCGAUGCCGUUCGGAACAAGGAUAACGUCCUGGCCGUCAUUGCCGGUGCGUCUCGCAACUGCAACGCUGGCGCUGGGUCUAUCACGUACCCGGGCGAGGAAGCGCAGGCGGCCCUCUACCGUCGGGUGCUCAGACAGGCGGCAGUGCACCCGCACGACGUGAGCGUGAUUGAAAUGCACGGCACUGGAACGCAGGCGGGUGACCGUGUCGAGAUGCAGGCCGUGCGAAGCGUCUUUGCGUCCCAAGUGGGCCCUCAUCGCGCCCAGUCUCUCAUCGCCGGCGCGGUCAAGGCCGCUAUUGGGCACAGCGAGGCUGCGGCGGGCGUAAUAUCGCUGAUAAAGGCCAUUCUGAUCCUCCAACGGAACUCCAUCCCCCCGCAGCCGGACCAGCCUUUUACGCUGAACCCGCACCUGGUUCCCCUCCUAGGGAGUGAGAUCCAGCUCGCCAGCGGCCAAGCAUGGCCCCGCAAUGGAACGACGCCUCGCUAUGUUUUCGUCAAUAAUUUUGAUGCUGCCGGGGGUAACGUGAGCAUGAUUAUCCACAACCCGCCACCCUACGCCCUGCCGGCGCCACCAGGGGUAGACGAUCGACAAUUUCACGUCGUGGUCACGUCGGGUCGCACAGCAACAGCACUCGAGGCAAAUAAGAGUCGCCUACACCAGUACCUCACACAGCAUCCAGACACUCGACUAUCCGAUCUGGCCUAUACAACCACUGCUCGGCGCAUGCAUCAUGUUCACAGAGAUGCGUACGUGGCGACGUCCACAGCGGAGCUUCUCCGUCAGCUGGAAGGUCCUUCGGGUGUAGCGGAUAGUAAGUUGCCACAACCAGUGCCAGCAUCUUCGGUGGUCUUUGCCUUCACAGGGCAAGGCAGCCAGUACGUAGGUAUGGGUGGUACGUUGUACCGCACCUCGCCCACGCUCCGGGCCCUGCUCGACUCCUACCAGACCCUCUGCAGGGCUCAAGGUCUGGACUGCCAGUUCCUCGACGCAAUCCGCGGAUUAUCCAGCCCAGAUGCUGUGCCCAAUGAGCGCGAUAUGCAGGUGGCGACCGUCGCGCUCGAGAUCGCCCUCGCUCAGUACUGGCAGUCGCUCGGGCUGCGUCCGACGCUGCUGAUCGGGCAUAGUCUGGGCGAGUAUGCAGCGCUCUGCGUCGCCGGCGUUCUUUCCGUGGCUGACGCGCUGGCCCUGGCUCACGAGCGUGCUACGCUCAUCUUCUCGCGGUGCCCCCCGGCCGAGUCGGGCAUGCUUGCCGUCGGUCUUCCAGUCAGCACCGUCCAAUGGCGGUUGCGGGAUUCCGCAGCAACAGCCGGAUGCGAAGUCUGCUGUGUCAACGGUCCAUCCAGCACCGUCGUCGGUGGUCCCAUCCCCGCCAUCGAAGCUUUCGAGAAUUACCUCAAGUCGGACGACGGCAAUGGGAAGGUGGCCGCGACUCGUCUGCGCGUCCCCCACGCAUUCCAUACCCGCUACAUGGACCCUGUGCUGGAUGAUCUCGAGACCAGCGCAGCCAGAGUAUCCUUCCGUCCGCCCACAGUCGCUGUGGCAUCGACACUGCUCGGCAGGGGCGUGCAGCCGGGCGAGGAGGGCGUCUUCAACGCGCAGUACAUGCGUCGGCACACCCGGGAGCCAGUCGCAUUUCUGGAUGCUGUGCGCGCCUGCGAAGGAGCAGGGCUCAUUCAAGAGCACUUCUUUGUCGUUGAGAUCGGGCCCCAUCCAACAUGUGUUGGUCUCAUGGCAGCCUGCCUUGAGCGGGUGAGCGUGACCGCGUACCCUAGUCUGCGCCGCGGGCGCGACGACUGGGAGUCUGUUUCGGAGUGCCUAGCCGCUGCCUAUCGGGCACAGCUUCCUGUUGACUGGGCGGAAUUCCAUAAGGAUCAUCUCGACAAUCUACGCUUGCUGCAUGGACUGCCGACGUAUGCGUUCGACAUGAAGAGCUUUUGGCUCUUGUAUAAGAGCAAGAAAUCGCUGGAUGUGCCCGACGUUGCCGUCCGGGUGAAUCCACGACUUGACUCGACAUCCUUGCAUUCGGUCGUGCAACUGCGCCAGGAAGAAACGCGGCUGCUUGGGACAUUUGCCGUGGACUUGAGCCAUUGGCGGGCACGUCCCGCGUCAUAUCUCGAAAGAGAGAGACGCAACAUUGCUGUUCCAAGCCCGUCAUCUACCACCUACGAACUGGCUGACCUGCGCAUGCAAACCCCUUUGGUCCUCCGCGAGUCAGAUACACAGGUACCGCGCGUUGAGGUGGAGGCGGUUCUUGACCAGUCCACUGAAGUCGUCACCAUCCGCUUCUUGUCCCGCAAGGAGGGAUCCUCGGUGGUCGAGCACGGGUCCUGCGUGGUUCGGCUCUCUCAGUCGGACACCCUACACAUGCAGUCCUGGUCCCGGAUGCAGCCCUUGGUCAAGGCGCGCGUGCAGAGUCUGCACGACGCAGUCCGGCCUAGAGAAGUCCACGCAAUGGACCGCCGGCUAUUCUACGAGAUCUUCUCCGAGAUCGUCGAUUACUCGGCGCCCUACCACGCGGUGGAGGAGGCCACCGUGGCAGGGGAUUUCCGCGACGCGUCCAUCAUCCUCUCACCAACGACCGCCAAGGAGUUGGGCGACUUCGCCUGCAACCCCGUCGCCGUUGACGCCAUGAUUCAUGUCGCUGGCUUCCUACUCAACGCGGACGUGAAAAAGCCGAAGAACGACGUCCACAUUGCGAAUCACAUCGGCUCCCUGCGCAUCCUUGGCGAUCUCUCCUCAAACAAGCCGUACACGGCGUACGCCACCAUUCGACAGCAGGAUGCCAAAGCCGGAACCAGCCUGUGCGAUGUGUAUGUCAUUGAUCGUGAAGACCGGCUGGUGGCGCUCUGCACCGAUAUCUGCUUCAAAAAGCUCGAUCGGGACUUUUUUGCGUUGCUGACGGGGUCUACUCGCGCGCAGCAAUUCAAACCGCGACCUAUCGACAGUGCAAAGGAGGACUCGCAAGCACCGUUGAGACGAGCAGCCGACUCCAGUAGCUCUUCAGGGAUAUCCACUCCCGCCUCAUCACUGUCACCGUCGUCGUCUCAAAGCAGCGUCUCGGACGCCGUUAAUCUCGCGGCGGAGCUCCUCGAAGUGGUGGCGGCACGAAGCGGCAUCAGCGUUGCUGAAUUGAAGGGCUCAACAGGCACGGCGGCAACAUUCGCGGAGAUGGGCGUCGACUCGCAGAUGAGCAUCGCCAUCCUGGCUGAUUUCCACAAGGCCACAGGGGUUGAACUGCCGGCGGCGUUCUUCACUAAUUUCCCCACCCCGGCCGCCGUGGAGAAGGAACUGGGCAGUUCGCAACCGGUGGCGGAUUUAUCUGAUCGUGUUCAUGAACAAACUGUUCCGAUGGAGCGAUCCAAUCUGCCCGAAAAUCACAAGAGCAAGACGGCAAGCCAGCAGCUCUUUGCAUUGGUAGCCCAUGAGCUCGGCCUCGAAGAUCGCGACCUCACGCCCUCGACCACCUUUGAGUCCAUUGCACGAGACCCAAAUCGAGCGGCCGCCUUCUUUACCGAUCACCGAACAGUAGCAGCAGCCCAGGAGGCCCUGGACGGGCCACUAGAAACGCAGACACCAGCGCCAAAAGAGCAGCCACUGAGCCAGUCGCCUACCACUGCAGCUGCAAACACGCACACGACAGCCAACGCAUCACGACAGCAGAAGAUAGACACCGCCGUGUCCCGCGCGGUCCUGAUCCAAGGCCAGUCCCGCUCCCGCGCAGCCCCGUUGUUCUUCACCACCGACGGCUCUGGCACAGUCGAGUCAUACAUCCACCUCAAGCCCCUCCCCUCAGGCCGACGCAUCUACGCACUCGAGUCCCCCUUCCUCAACAGCCCAGAGGCCUUCGACCUCUCCAUCCCCGAAAUGGCCACCAUCUUCCUCCGCACCAUCCGGCGCAUCCAACCGCAAGGCCCAUACCUCAUCGGCGGCUGGUCCGCAGGCUCCAUGUACGCGUACGAGGUCGCGCACCGCCUCACAACGCAGGGGGAGACCAUUGCCGCGCUGAUCAUCCUCGACAUGCGCGCCCCCUCGCUCAUCCCCACCGCCAUCGUCACAGAGGACUUUGUCGAUAAACUCGGCACCUUCGAGGGGAUCAACCGCGCCCGCGAUCUGCCGGAGGAUUUGACCGUCAAGGAGAGGACGCAUCUCCUAGCGACCUGCCGCGCACUGUCGCGGUACGACGCGCCGGCGUUCCCCGUCGACGGGCAACCAGCGCACAUCGCCGUGGUCUGGGCACGUCUCGGUCUCGAUAACAGGGAUGAUGCGCCCAUAGCUGCCAUGGGUCGUCCCGGGCUGGAUAUCGGGAAGCGUUUGGAGGAGAUGGACCUGCAGGAUUUUGAACGGUAUUUUAAUUCGUGGUUCUAUGGGAGGAGACUGCAGUUUGGGACCAACGGGUGGGAGACGCUUCUGGGGGAUCAUAUCGAGGUGCAUACUGUUGAUGGAGAUCACUUUUUGAUGAUGGCUCCGCCGUUUUCUGAGGCUGUUGGGGCGAUUGUUGUCGAUACUGUAAUGCAAGCCGUGGCUGAGAGUGGGCUGUAA